CUGCGCUCGGAGCUGCCGGGCCGGGGGCUGGAGCUACCAGGGCGGGUUCACGCCCCGGAGGCUGAGGGCUGGUGCUACUCGUGCUGUGCGCGUCGGACGGCGUAUACUCCCAGCCGGCCCCCGCGGCCCAGCGUUGCUGCCCACGGGAGUUUGGGACGAGCACAUCCCCUGUGCCCUAAAGGACUUCCUCCCUCGGGAAGGGAGAGAGAAAGCCUAGGGGGACGGGGAGAGAAGGGCCCGUUCUGCCUGUCGGGGUGGCGGCGCGGGAGAGCAGUGCCAUGCUCCUCUCCAUCCUGACCGCGCUCUGCCUGUGGCUGCGCCUGGCGCUGGGCGUGCGCGGCGCGCCGUGCGAGGCGGUGCGCAUCCCCAUGUGCCGGCACAUGCCCUGGAACAUCACGCGGAUGCCCAACCACCUGCACCACAGCACGCAGGAGAACGCCAUCCUGGCCAUCGAGCAGUACGAGGAGCUGGUGGACGUGAACUGCAGCGCCGUGCUGCGCUUCUUCCUCUGCGCCAUGUACGCGCCCAUCUGCACCCUGGAGUUCCUGCACGACCCCAUCAAGCCGUGCAAGUCGGUGUGCCAGCGCGCGCGUGACGACUGCGAGCCCCUCAUGAAGAUGUACAACCACAGCUGGCCCGAGAGCCUGGCCUGCGACGAGCUGCCUGUCUACGACCGGGGCGUGUGCAUCUCGCCCGAGGCCAUCGUCACUGACCUCCCGGAGGACGUUAAGUGGAUAGACAUCACUCCAGACAUGAUGGUACAGGAAAGGCCUCUUGACAUUGACUGUAAACGCCUAAGCCCUGACCGGUGCAAGUGCAAAAAGGUGAAGCCGACCCUGGCGACGUACCUGAGCAAAAACUACAGUUACGUCAUUCAUGCCAAAAUAAAAGCUGUGCAGAGGAGUGGCUGUAAUGAAGUAACUACAGUGGUGGAUGUGAAAGAGAUCUUCAAGUCCUCAUCACCCAUCCCUCGAACUCAAGUCCCACUCAUUACGAAUUCAUCCUGCCAGUGUCCUCACAUCCUGCCCCACCAAGAUGUUCUCAUCAUGUGUUAUGAGUGGCGCUCACGGAUGAUGCUUCUUGAAAAUUGUUUAGUUGAAAAAUGGAGAGAUCAACUUAGUAAAAGAUCCAUACAGUGGGAAGAGAGGCUGCAGGAACAACAGAGGACAAUCCAGGACAAGAAGCGCACAGCGGGGCGCACCAGCCGCAGUAACGCCCCGAAACCCAAGGGGAAGCCGCCUGCCCCCAAACCAGCCAGCCCCAAGAAGAACAUUAAAGCUAGGAGUGCUCCAAAGAGAACAAACCCAAAACGAGUGUGAGCUAACUGCUUUCCAAAAUGGGGACUUCCUCUCCGGGUGAGGCCAGGCAUUACCCACGCAGCCUGUAGAAGGCCGUACACCCCUUGCCUUAACAACUGCAGUCCUUUUCAUAGACACGUCUUGCAGCAUUUUUCUUAAUGAUAUGCUUCAACUUUUCUUUUUAAGUCACUCCAAGCCAUAGUGGUAGGUAUGCCUUUUGGUAUGGAAGGUAUAUGAAAGCUGGUCGAAAGAGCUUAUUGAGUUGAGAAUAAACCAUGUGCAUACUCUGUGGGAGCUCCACGUGGGGAAAGAUGCUUUUGUUCUUACAAUUUGACCUAAUAUGUGCAUUGUAAAGUAAAUGCCAGACUACAAACAAAACACCCAAUUUUUUUUAACGAUAUGUUUUAUUUCAGUUGGUUGUUAGGAUGUUAGCGAUUUUUAAAAAUGUGAUUGAAGAUGUAAUGCUUCUAAGGAGGAAAUCAAGAGGAACGAAUGUCUAAAAGAUCUUAUGUGUUUACUGUUUGCAGAAGAAUUUUUGUGAUGAAAGGGGAUUUUUGAACAAUCUAGAAAAGUAGGAUAUGGAAAAUUGUAAUGAGUUUGGUUUUUGGUUUUUUGUUUUUACGAAGAAGCCUUUCUGCUCUGUUUUUAGCUAGAAGCUCUAAAAACGAAAACAAUAGUAUUGUUAAAUAAAUAACAGGGAAAGGCAGACAGACAAAGUCUGGAUCCUUGUUUUCUAGUUACCAUGCCAUGGUGGAGAUGCUCUGAUUUUAUAUGCACAAUGUUUAUCAGUUCCCUUUAAGUAGCACCAGAAACUGUUUGUUUCUCCUCUUAUGAUUUAGGUACCAAUCAGUCAACCCCAAGCAUCUCACACACGUGGGUGUGGUGCUCAUCUCUUCCCAGGACGUCCCAGGUAUCUUGAUGCCCAGUCUCUCUGCUGAUUGCUGGUGCUCCCAAGGGUGCCUUGGGUCUGAGGUGGCAGGGUCAGAGUCCAAAGCGCCUGGUCCCCAGCCUGCUAUGGCAGCCUUGCCACACACCAGCUCUGCACUUGGAAAAAGCAACUGUAAUCACUUGUUCAUCCAGCAUUCAAGAAUGUAGAGGAGCAAUCUGAAAGCUUAAGAGUAAAAUCUCCUUUAGAUGUACCAUUGUCCCUGCUUCUCAGAGAAGGGGUAAGUUACAGGUUGCAUUCACACAUGAUUUUUUAAUUUCAUCUCUGUAACCAUUAGGACACAGAAGUGAGGUGUGUGGGUAAGCCAGGGGAAAAUGGAGAAAUAGCGUUAAUGAGGAUGCUGGCAAGGGCACCCAUCUCCUCCUGAAAGUGUAACUUCACCUGCAUCGCUACCCCAGGGCAGCAGAAUUGAAGGAAUCCAAUAGAUCCACCCACACAGGGGUAUCAAUAAAAUACUCCGCUUUGGCCCUUAAGGAAAGCCAGACAGCUGUUUGGCAUAGCAUCUAAAUUAAAUAAACCUAGGAAAGGCCAUGAAAAGGCAUUGGUACCCUAGUUUACCUCCUUAGCAUAGUAGGAAUCUGGGGAGGAGGGCGCGGGGAGGCGAGUUACAACUCUCAGUGGAAAUGAAGAAAAAACGCUUCUGUAAAACUUUUUUUUUUAAGUGCAAAACGACAUAAUAAGAGUUUGGAGAUGACUUUACAAACUUAAACACUGUUUCCUUUGAAUAUUUAACUGAAAUCAUAUACUGCAUAUCACACAAAAAUGUAAUUAGACACAUUUAUUAGUUUGAUUAAUUGAUAAAGGAUCGAGGCCACUGUUUGGAUAUUUAUUAUAAAAAAGUUGAAAAUGAACAGCAGCCCACACUGAGAGUAAUAUAACAAGUGUGGAAGUGGCUUUUGUGUGAGAGCCACGAAUUUAUUUUUCUCCCUUAAAAUAUUUUCUCCACCUAGAUACAUAUGAGAGGUAAAUAUAAAUAUAUGGAGAGGAAGGCUGUGGUACUAUCUCCGAAAUAGGUAUUAUUCGAGAGUUGGGUUACUUUAAUCAGAAAAAAAUAACAAUUUUGCAAUAUGUUCAUCAACAAAUUUCAUAAUUGAGGACAACUAGAGACAUUUAUUUUUAAAAAUACUUUUGUUGGUCUUUCAAUGAUACAGUAAAUAUGUAUUUUCUAUAAAGCAUUCAAUAAAUACAU